GCGGAGCGCGCCCGAUCGCCCGGCGCCGCCAUGCCCAAAGUGGUCUCUCGCUCCGUGGUCUGCUCCGACACGCGCGACCGGGAGGAAUAUGACGAUGGCGAGAAGCCGCUGCACGUGUAUUACUGCCUCUGCGGGCAGAUGGUGCUGGUCCUGGAUUGCCAACUUGAGAAGCUGCCCAUGAGACCCCGUGAUCGGGCCAGAGUUAUUGAUGCGGUUAAACAUGCCCACAAAUUCUGUAACACGGAAGAAGAGGAAAAUGUUUACCUGCGCAGGCCAGAAGGCAUUGAGCGACAAUACAGGAAAAAGUGUGGAAAGUGUGGCUUACUCCUUUUCUACCAACACCAGCAGAAGAACGCUCCGGUGACGUUCAUUGUUGAUGGUGCCGUGGUCAAAUUUGGACAAGGUUUUGGGAAGACCAACAUCUACACUCAGAAGCAAGAGCCCCCUAAGAAGGUUAUGAUGACCAAACGGACGAAGGAUAUGGGCAAAUUCAGCUCGGUGACCGUGUCUACUAUUGAUGAAGAAGAAGAAGAGAUUGAAGCGCGUGAGAUUGCUGAUUCAUAUGCCCAAAAUGCCAAAGUGAUCGAGAAGCAGCUGGAAAGGAAAGGCAUGAGCAAGAGAAGGCUGCAGGAACUGGCCGAGCUGGAAGCCAAGAAGGCCAAAAUGAAAGGGACCCUUAUUGACAACCAGUUCAAAUAAGAAGUUUUGCCAAAAGAAGAGAAGCGACCCACAACAUUUUGUUUCCUUGCUGGUUUGCCCCAAGGAAUUUGGCCUCACUCCUGAAAACGCAGUGAAGGGGGGCAACUUGGCGAAGAGAAAUAAAUGCUCUGCUUUUUCUAAUGUAUUGCUUGUAGUCUAGGUUUUAAUUUUCCUUUUGAAGGUUCUGAGAAGCAUUUUUCCGUCAUUUGCUGUAUAUUCAGUUUGGCAAGACCUUGUAAAUUUGAAUUGAGGACCUCAUUUGUACAGAGGUUUUCUUUUUUUUUUAGUUAUUUGUGUAUUUUCAU